ACAACUUAUUUAUAGAUCAUUCAAUACUCUUUAUCUUAACCUUAAGAUGGAGAUAAAUGAACUAAGAAAACGUCAAAGAGAAAGUGUUAUUGAAAGAACAUUUGGGGGUGUAUUAUCAGUUGAAGAAGCAGAUACGUCAGGAACGGUACCGGAUAGUGAGGAUCGAGAAGGAUUUGUUGAAGCUAGUCGUAAAGCAGAGGCACGUCGUGCUAGAGAACGUCGUGCUAGUAGUAAUACAAAUUCAGAAGGAAUUAUACAAUCAAUUCAAUUUGGAAAUUUCGAAAUAGAUGCUUGGUAUGUUUCGCCAUAUCCAGAGGAAUAUAGUCAUAAUAAAAUCAUUUAUAUCUGUGAAUUUUGCCUUAAAUAUAUGAAUAGUGAAUAUGUAGCUUGGAGGCAUCGAAUAAAAUGUCCUAUGAAAUGUCCACCAGGAGAUGAAAUAUAUAGAGAUGGGACUCUUUCAGUGUUUGAAGUUGAUGGAAGAAAAAGCACGAUAUAUUGUCAGAAUUUAUGUUUACUAUCAAAGAUGUUUUUACAGUCAAAAACUCUGUAUUAUGACAUUGAACCAUUUUUGUUUUAUAUUGUUACGGAAUAUGAUGAUAUUGGAUGUCAUUUUGUAGGAUAUUUUUCAAAAGAAAAGCGAUCGAAUAGUGAUUAUAAUGUUUCAUGUAUUUUGACACUUCCUGUUUAUCAAAGGAAAGGAUAUGGGAAUUUUUUGAUUGAAUUUAGUUAUCUUUUAAGUAAACGAGAGGGUAAAAUAGGAACACCGGAAAAACCAUUAUCAUAUUUGGGUUUAGUUUCGUAUAGAAAUUAUUGGAAGAUUAAAAUGUGUUAUGAAUUGUGCAAUCUAAAGAAACCAACAAGUAUACAAGAAAUUUCUAAAAGAACAUCGAUGACACCAGAUGAUAUAAUAUCAACAUUAGAGCGAUUAGAUGCUUUAGUGCAUGAUCCUAUUUCAAAGAUAUAUGCAAUUAAAGUGGAUCAAAAUAAGCUUCAAAAUAUAUGUGAUAAAUGGGUUCAAAAGGGUUAUCAACCUGUUAAGCCGGAUUGUUUAAAAUGGGUUCCAUUUCUUCAAGGUAAUUUAUCGGAUCUAAAGGAAACCAUUAAUAUAUCAUCAUUACCAUCGACGCAUCGUAAAUCUGAUCUUAAUAUGAAUAAUGAUUCUGAGGAGAUUGAAAAAAAUAUAGCAUGUCAAUCAAAUGGAGUUUUUGACGAAAUACAAAAUAAAAUGGAAUGUUCUGCAUUGUUUCACGAUGGUUUUUCAUCAGUUGGUAAUACCGAUUUAUCAUUUUCAAUGAAUAAUAAUAAUAUUUCCGUUAAAACUGAAAACAUUUCUAAAGAUACGUUGAAUAGGUUGAUUCCUGAUUCACGUUUUCUACCAGUUACUUCAAUUUUUCAUCAAAAAAGUGCGUGUAAACGAGGAAGACCUCUUGGAAAAACUAAUCGAAAAUUGAAUAUUUUUUCAUCAGCACUUGCGACUUCAAAAGAAUCUUCUUCUCUUGAAUUUCAUGAUAAAAUUCAAAACCUUUCUUAUAAUAAACUUGAUUCAUAUAAUACUUUAGACAAAUCAAAUCCACCUGAUUGAUUAAUUCUCUGCAAAAUUUUUUUAAAAAAUAUUCUUAUAAUUUAUA